ACAACCACCAUAUUUCCUCGCUCAAUCUCCUACUUUCUAUGAUCUCUAAUUUCUCUUUCUUUCUAUUUUUUAUGAUCUAAAGUUCACUUCAAUCAAAUUAUAAUAUAUCAUACAUAUAUUCUUAAUAAUUAAAUUCCUAGAAAUUUAUGAAUUUUGUUUGUCGUCAUAAAAUGUUUUAUUGGUGAUUAAGAGAAAGUUUACAAUCUCCAUUAAAGGAGGACGAGCAAGCAAAGGAUCGAACGAGCGAAAGAGGAAGCAACAAUGGGUCCUUUCUCUACUCCAAAUGAGACUAGACAAAGAUCUUAUGUAUCUAUUGAAGACAUCUACAAAAGGAAGUUCCAAAGAAACAAAGCAAAAGAUGCAGAGAAAGUAUCAAACACAUCAAUCCAAGACAACAACAAUAACUAUAAGAGUGUCAAGACUAAGUUACCAAUCUUAAAACUCACCCUACUCAUCAUUAUCUCUGCAACAUUCAUUACAAUCUUUAUGCACUCUCCUGCCUUGUGUAGUCAUCCUCACUUCUUCUCAUCACACUCUACUUCCCGGCCUGUUUUGAUGAGAAGGUGGAUAUGGGGAAAUGUUGAUCCUAGGUAUGUAUCGGAUUCACAAAUCAAUUGGGAUGAUAUCUCGAAAGUUCUCGAUAAACUCAAUGAGAAAGAGUACCAUUCAAUUGGCCUAUUAAACUUGGACAAAGAUGAGAUAAAGGUUUGGAACCAGAUGAUUCCUGAAGUUGAACAGACUGUACUGAACCUAGACUAUGCAGAAGAAAACAUUACAUGGGAAUCAUUAUACCCGGAGUGGAUUGAUGAGGAGGAGGAAGAAGAUGUGCCAAUUUGUCCCACAUUGCCAAAACCCGAGCCACCAAGAAAACGUCUUGACUUGAUAGUUGUGAAGCUACCUUGUAGGGUUGAUCAGAGUAAUUGGUCAAGGAAUGUUGCUCGGUUGCACCUGCAGCUUGCAGCAGCACAACUUGCAACAUCAGCUAAAGGGAAUUACCCAGUUCACUUGCUUUUCAUCACCAAAUGCUUCCCAAUACCGAACUUGUUCCCUUGUAAAGAGUUGGUAAAACAUGAAGGAAGUGCUUGGUUAUAUAAGCCAAACUUGAAUGUGUUGAGAGAAAAACUUCAGCUCCCUGUUGGUUCUUGUGAACUUGCCCUGCCUUUAAAAGACAAAGAGAGAUCAUACAUAGGCAAUCUAAGGCGAGAGGCUUAUGCAACGAUCCUACAUUCAGCUCAUGUGUAUGUCUGUGGGGCAAUAGCAGCUGCUCAAAGCAUCCGAAUGGUAGGGUCUACAAGAGACCUAGUGAUCCUAGUUGACGAGUCAAUAAGUGCCUACCAUAGGAGCGGGCUUGAGGCAGCAGGGUGGAAGAUUCGAACCAUCCAAAGAAUAAGAAAUCCAAAAGCUGAAAAAGACGCUUACAAUGAGUGGAACUAUAGUAAGUUUCGGUUAUGGCAACUAACAGACUACGACAAGAUCAUCUUCAUCGAUGCUGAUCUACUCAUCCUAAGAAACAUGGAUUUUCUCUUUAGCAUGCCGGAAAUUUCAGCGACAGGAAACAAUGCCACACUGUUUAACUCGGGAGUCAUGGUCAUUGAACCUUCUAAUUGCACUUUCCAACUUCUUAUGGAUCAUGUAAACGAAAUACAAUCCUAUAACGGAGGAGAUCAAGGAUACCUUAAUGAAAUUUUCACUUGGUGGCAUAGAAUUCCUCGUCAUAUGAACUUUCUCAAACAUUUUUGGAUUGGUGAUGAGGACGAUAAGAAAUUAAUGAAAACUAGGCUAUUUGGGGCCGAGCCCCCUAUACUCUAUGUUUUACACUACCUUGGAAUCAAGCCAUGGUUAUGCCAUAAGGACUAUGACUGUAAUUGGAACACAGAUUUCUUACAAGAGUUCGCGAGUGAUGUAGCUCAUGCAAGGUGGUGGAAAGUGCACGAUGCAAUGCCUCAGAAGCUGCAAGACUUGUGCCUAUUGCGAACGAAACAAAAGGCUCAGAUUGAGUGGGAUAGGAGGCAAGCCGAAGCAGCAAACUACAGCGAUGGACAUUGGAAAAUCCCGGUCAAGGAUAAGAGGAUGAAGAAAUGUAUUGAUAAGUUGUGCAAUUGGAAAAGUAUGUUGAAGCAUUGGGGCGAGACUAAUUGGACUGAUGAUGAGUCUUAUACUCAUACACCACCUCUCAUUACUGUCACUUCUCUUGCUUCCUUACAUUGAAUUAGGUUUUGUUUUUUGGGUGUUCCUCGACUCAGAUUAUGGCUUUGGUUUAGCAAUAACAUAUGUAUUCAAACUACACUAAUUUUUCGAAAAAUUGAUUCUACGUGUUUUCUUGUUAAAUUUCAAGAGAAAUUAUGCAAGUUUAGAUGUUGAACAUAAAGAAUUUUUUUAAAGUCAACCAUUAUAGAAUUUCCUGUCCAUCAAUGAAUGAAUAAAUCUUACGUGGUUCACUA